GUUUCUGUUUGUUUGUGUGUGUGUGCCUCGGGAUCAGGUUAAGUAAACAAAAGGAUGUCUCGGCCGGCGACGUGCGUGUAGUGUGUCAUCGCUGUUUCGAAAUGUGUGUCUGGUCUUAGCACGUUUCCUAGCCUUGCUAUCCACCCUAUCCCAAACUCGCGACGUACACUUUGUUCUGUGACCCUAGAGGUACUUUACGCUUCAGUGGCUGAGCUUCCAGGAUCUAGAUCUAGUUGUAUUCGUGGUCGUUACAUCAUAUCAUAGUGCUGAGUAAUUCAGUGUAAAUACUUAUCUAUGUGUUGUUUACCUCAGCGGACCUGAGACUUGUUACACAUCAAGCCUAGUGUGUCUAGUGUGUUUGGAUUUAUAUUGAUUUCUUUUAUGGAAGUGUUUGAAGAACAAAACUAGGCCAUCUACAUCUCUUAGCCUUUGCUAUUUGCAUGUAAUGCACCGAUAAUACACCAACCUUUUGCCUACUUCUAGAUUUUAGACCUACUGGAAAUAGAGUUGGACGACUCAUUAUAGAUUAAUUUCCAGUGUGAUGAAUUAUUAAGCUGUAUUUUUAGAGUGAGGUCCUAAUACUUUCUGGAUAUUAGUGUGACAGCAGAUACCUGUGAUGUUAUUCACCGGACUUGUCUGAGCGAACUAUAGUGUGGAACAGAAAUCUCGUGCCUUUCAACAUUAAGGGAUUCUCGUGUUAAAAUAAAAUUAAAUUGAAUCAUGGAUUUUUAAAUAUUUUUGGAGAAGAAGAAACAACUUUUUAAAAAAUUUGAGUUCAUAAUGGUCUCAAAUUAAAUUGCGGCCAGGAAAAGGCACACACACACAAAUAAUGGGCUGUAGACCGAGUGAGUGACGACUGGUAGACACCUGCUUGACCAUGUUUUGCGGCCUGAGCCGGAAGUUGGCGCAGUCCUUCUCGAGGGGCUCCCGCCGCUAUGAAGAGAAGAAGGAGAAGAAGAAGAAGCUCAAGAAGCGGAGGUCAAGGUCACUGGACAGCUAUGACCUUGAGAUCUCGGCGGAAUUUUCCACUGUUACUGUGUACGAAGAGAAAAUCGAGCAAGGCCAAACUAGCCACACAGAAAUGAUGUCUGGGCAGCACAACUGGUACGCCUGUUCCCAUGCCCGACCGACUUAUUGUAACGUCUGUCGUGAGGCGCUGUCUGGGGUCACGUCACACGGAUUAUCUUGUGAAGUCUGCAAGUUCAAGGCCCACAAAAGAUGUGCUGUCAGAGCCCCCACAAAUUGCAAGUGGACGGCCCUGGCUUCUAUAGGGAAAGAGAUUUUGGAGGAUGAAGAAGGGAUUUCCAUGCCUCAUCAGUGGAUGGAAGGCAAUCUGCCGGUCAGUGCCAAGUGUAGUGUCUGUGAUAAAACCUGUGGAAGUGUCCUCAGACUACAAGAUUGGAGAUGCUUGUGGUGCCGGGCGAUGGUUCACUCAUCUUGUAAAGACCAGUUCAGCCACAAGUGUCCAUUAGGUCAGUGUCGGGUGUCCAUUCUGCCACCAACAGCUAUAUCCAGUAUUGAUAGUGAUGGCUACUGGGAAGGUCGAAGACCACAAGGGACAUCACCGUUGUUAGUUUAUGUCAAUACCAAAAGUGGGGAUAAUCAGGGUGUCAAAUUUUUACGACGCUUUAAACAGUUAUUGAAUCCUGCUCAGGUGUUUGAUCUUAUGAAUGGGGGACCUUACCCAGGGUUAAAAUUGUUCCAAAGAUUCGACUCAUUCCGUAUUUUAAUAUGUGGUGGUGAUGGCAGUGUAGGUUGGGUGUUGUCUGAGAUUGACAAGUUAGAUUUACACAAGCAGUGUCAGAUUGGAGUUUUGCCUUUUGGUACGGGCAAUGACCUUGCCAGGGUACUUGGUUGGGGGUCAGCAUUUGAUGACGACACCCAGUUACCUGCAGCCCUGGAGAGAUUGGAACAAGCACAGAUCAAAAUGUUGGACAGAUGGAGUAUAAUGGCUUACGAAGGUAACAUGCCCCCACCUAGAAAAUUAUCUAUGCAGAAUGAUGCAAUGUCCCAGUAUGAAGACAGUAUGGCAAACCAUUUAACCAAAAUUUUACAUUGUGAAGACCAUCAAGUAGUUAUCUCUUCUGCCAAAGUCCUUUGUGAAACAGUCAAAGCCUUUGUAGCCAAAGUCAGCAAGUCUCAGGACUCAGGAGAUGGUGGGGAGAAGGACUCUGAGCAGGACACUAUGGGCAGCCAGUUCAAGGUCUUGAACCAAAAGUUACAGAGUUUACUGGACACACUGGACAAGGAAUCUAAAGAGUCAAAGAACUUAGAAGAGAAGACAGAAAGGUUAGAAAGUCCAGAGAAAGAAGUGUGUGAGGAUGUACAUAUAGCAAGCACUGAGGCCACACCAGACAACAACGAAGCCAUACAACCUCCUCCAACAUUAAGUGGUCCUAUCAAACCCAAACUGCAGGUAUUUAAAUCCAGGGAGGCAUUGAUGUCCAGAGCCAACAGUUUAAAGAAAGCUGUCCGUCAGAUUAUCGAACACACAGAAAGAGCUGUUGAUGAACAAAAUGCACAAACCCUAGAAAUGGAGAACUGCAACUUUCGUGGUUCUGCCAUGCUGAAAGCCAACGAAGCCUCCAGGUCAGCGCCUAGCUUCUCUGUAUUUUUAGAAGAAGAUUUGCCGCCCACCGUGGCUAAAUAUGAAAGUAUUCCACAACCUCAGGAUCCGUCAAGGUCACCUUCAGGUCCGGCCUCUAGGAGAAUCAGCAGCAUGAGUACGUUUAAUCGAUCUGCUAGCGUAGAUUCCAAGUUGGGUGCAUCUCCUGGGCCCAAAGGGAAAGAAGACCAACAACAUCUUCAACUGCCAUCCAUUAAACUUCCUUUUCUCCAGUCCGCACCAUUACCAGGGAUCAGCAGUUCUAUUGCCAAAAACCUGGCUGGUGGUGGCUUCAUUAGUAAAGUUUUACUGGCCAAUGCAGAUGCUCUUUGUGCGGCAGCUUCCCCACUUAUUGAACAAGACAUUCCUUUAGAAUCCUAUCAAGAAAAAUGUGUGAUGAACAAUUACUUUGGUAUUGGCCUUGAUGCUAAGAUCACUCUGGAGUUUCAAAACAAAAGAGAAGAACACCCAGAGAAAUGCAGGAGUCGAACUAAAAACAUGAUGUGGUAUGGAGUCUUGGGAGGUAAAGAAAUGAUCAAUCAAACAUUUAAAAACCUGGACCAAAGGGUGCUAUUGGAGUGUGAUGGUCAAAGGAUACCAUUACCCUCACUUCAGGGGAUUGUCAUACUGAAUAUACCUAGUUAUGGUGGUGGAGCUAACUUUUGGGGAGGGUCUAAACAAGAUGAGAAUUUCACUGCUCCAAGUUUUGAUGACAGAAUCCUGGAAGUUGUGGCAGUUUUUGGCAGCAUGCAAAUGGCCAUGAGCAGGGUGAUAGAUCUCCAGCAUCAUCGAAUAGCUCAAUGUCGCACAGUCAAAGUGACAAUACUGGGGGAUGAAGGUGUGCCAGUCCAGGUAGAUGGUGAAGCCUGGAUACAACCACCUGGUUAUGUUAGGAUAGUCCAUAAGAACCGAGCACAGAUGUUGAUUAGAGAUCGGACUUUUGAAAAUGUCCUCAAGUCCUGGUCAGAGAAACAGAAAUCUGAUCGUCCAGUUAGUCCACAACCACUUUCGCUGACCGAAGAUGAAACUCAGGUACUCUUGAACUUUGUGGAGGCCACCUCAGCUGUCAUACGAAGUGUCAAAGUGGCAGCCAAGUCUCAUAGCUGCGUAGAAAGUGACCUCAUUCCUAUAGCUCAGCAGACGUCUCAAUAUGUAGACAGGUUGUAUCCCACAGGAAAAUUAGCAGAGAUGGACUCCAGUGACAGUGAAACCUACCAGCCAACACUACGUAGUCAAGUGGUGGACCUUGUCCAGACAGUCAGAAUACUUUACCAUGAAGCCAGUUUGUUUCUGAUAGAGAAAAAUGCUGCUGCAACUCUGUCUGCAAGCCUGGAAGAACGCCUUACCUCAACCCUGAUCAGCUUGGAGCAAGAGCUGAAGAGAAUCAUUGACAUCAUUGGACUGGCCAAGUUGGAGGACCAGAUGAAUUUGUUGGAGCACAUGAAGAGAAAACAGGGGAGAUUAAAACAGGUUUACACCAAACUAAAAGGCAAGAGUAAAGAGAAAAUCAAGAGUUCACUCCCUCCUGCUUUUGAAAUCCGCAGCUGGACUUUAGAGGAAGUGGGUCAGUGGCUGGAGAGCUUGUCACUGGGAGAGUACAAGGAAAGCUUCAUGUCCCAUGAAAUCACUGGAGCAGAGGUUCUCAAUUUAGAACGCAGAGAUCUCAAGGAUCUGGGAAUAACCAAAGUAGGUCACUUGAAAAGAAUUCAACAAGGCAUCAAAGAACUCCACCAUCGGGAGGCUGCAUAUGACCGACCUAGUUCAUGACACUGGCGUAAGGGAUGACAGCAACACAAUCACUGAAGGACCUCUGCAAUCAUUGUGCACCAGUGGCUUAUCUAUUUGAACCUGACAGAAUCUAUUGGCAGUUGCCCACAAUGUGGGUCAACACUAUCAACAACGUUUAUCCGAUGUGAUCAAAGCAACGAAGGCCACAGAAGUGGUUCUCUCUUACUUUCCAUUUGACUGUCCCCAGGCCAAUCAAUCAUUGAUAUAGGGCAAACACUUUCCAUUGGUCAUUCACUGUAUAUAUUUGCAAGACACUAUUUAUAUUUCUUCAGUGUUAAUGUACAAGUGUACAUAUAUAAAUAUACUUUUUGUUUUCUCUCUUUUCAAACAUGUUCAGUCCAAAGCGAAACAAGUCUAAUUUAUUAUCAUUGUUCUAUGAUAAGUCAAGACAUAUAUUCUGGUUAACUGUUCAUCCUGAGUGUCAUUGGUAUUUUGCUGUUAAGUUUGAUAGACAUAUGUACCAGUUGAUACUACAUUUCACCAAUUUGAGAGAUGCACCAGACUUAAAAUGUAUUUGUAAAAUAUUUAUUUACUUCACUUUAAAAAAAGGCCUUAUGAAAAUUCCAUUUUUUACACAAAUUUUCUAUUUGUAGCUUUGAUUGUUGAUUGAACCAGUUGUCAUGUAAUAAGCUUUGAUUGUUGAGUGAUCAUAGUUGUCUUAUAUCUGUACUGAUGAUUAUGGAUGGAUUCAGUUAAGUUUGUUGAUUAUAGAUGGUGGUCUUUAAGACAAAUCAGUUUAAAUUUUUCCUGUCCAAAUCAGAGUUUGUAGAUCCUCUGUGAGAUGUGUGCCAGUUGAGUGUUGAUGUGUGCGUUUCUAAAUGAGUGUUUAUUAAUUUGACAUCUCAAAGUCUUUCAAUUGAAUUUAAUGCUAACAAUUACCACGGAGCUUUACAAAUGUUUCUAUUUGGCAGUUGGUUUUGUUUUGUUUUUUUUUGUUUGAAUCUUUUUUUUAAAUCUUCCUUUGUGUAUUAUGAACAUCUCACUGUGUGUAACUAUAAGUUUUUGUCUUCCAUCAAUUAUGUUGUGUUUUGUUUUGUGAUCAAUCUAGGUUUUUAUUUUCACCACUUUUUUUUGUUGGUCAGCUCUGUAACUUGUGUCAGAGAACAUAAUGUAUUCACAGGCCUAGCCAAACUUCAGCAGCUUGAAUUACCUAAGACAUAGAUCUACGUAUUCAACACAAUGAGACACCUGGCGAUGAAAUGACUUGAACAUUUCCAACUGCCAGACAUUUAAGAAAUAAUCUGUUAGCAGAACAUUUAACAUCUUUGUUUAAACAUUUUAAUAAUAAUAAUAAUCUUUGUUGUCCCCUAUGGACAUUUUUCUUACAAAUUACAAGCAGUCAUUUUAGUUUAUAUUUCAUUUUUUUAGUACCAGAUUUUUUGUCUUUUUUGAAAUUCUUGUCAAAAUAUCUAGCAGUAAAGUUUUCAACAGAAUAAAUAUACCAUUCAAUAUAUUUGUUUUGCAACUUUGGGAACACAAAAUCAUUCAACUGUAAAAUAGUUUAAUUUCCUAUUUUGUCAUUUUUACUAUAACUAUCAACUUUUCAAUGAAAUUUGAAUCUGUCAUACAUCUGUUUGUUGUAGAAUCCUGACCAAAUGCCACAGUUCAAUAUACAUACAUAUAUAAACUUUAUCCAACAGAUGAUAUAGCUCUGACUGACAAAUCUAAAUUUGUCAUCAAAUUAUUUGAAAUGAAGACAAAAAAAAAAUUAUUUGUCCCAACCUGAUUACAUUUUUGAACUAAGACAAGUUUAUGUUUAAAUCUAUUUUUCUAUAUCAGUUUUUAUUGUUUAUAUUUGAAAUGAAUUUGUAUUUAUCAUGUGACUUUUUCUCUCUGAAUGUUUGUUUUUUUUAUACCUCACAUCCACACAGGAGCACCUUGACUUGAUGUUGUCUCUAUAAAUAGCUUUCUAUUCAUGGUGUGUCAUUCUAAUUAUAGCCCAUUUGCUGCAGGACAGCUCUCCUAUCAAUGUUUGUGACUCUACCAAAGCCUCUACAUUUUCUACUCACCACUAUGUCCAGAUGACACUAAUGCUAGAUGAGGGAACACUUGUUUCAAAGUGAUUUUUUUUAUAUAUGCAUGUGCAAUGGAACAAAUAUUUUUUUUUUGCCAGAAUGAAAGUUUUGAAGCAGUUCUAAUAGUAUUUGGUACCAAGUGCUCUAGUGAACUUGGUAUCAGUAAUGACUCUAUCUUAUGUAUUAUGUGCCUCCAAAUCAAAAAGUGCUUUUGUUCAAACGUGGCCAUGUAUGCAGUUUCACAUUACCUGUAGACUGUUACUGAAAAAGUAAAACUUAGCCAGUUAUUAGUUGAAUUGAAAAGUCUCUUCGUAUUAGCAUAAUCAUUAAAUACCUUACCCCAAAAAAAUGUAAAUAAUAAGAAUGACUUUUUUUUGUUCUCUGUGUCAGAAGAUUGAGGGGAAUGCCACUCGAAUAUUUUGUCACAUCUGAUGCAGACAACGCCAUUGGUUCUUUUUGGUCUUCUGUCUUUGACAGCAGUGUUUCUUAGGGUCAAUGACGUGUGUGCCAUGGAAGAGUUUUCUAGCUCUUUCAGAAGCCACUUCCUAUUUGUUUCCUUCUCUGCCUGUAAGAGUAAAAAAAAAAAUCAGAAAUGGACUAGCUGAAAGAGAUGUUAGUGACUUUGUGUGUCUCUGUAUUGUUAACUUCUCACUUACUAUCAGCAGUUGGUCACUUUGACAAAACUGACUACAAAAAACUCUGUGUGAAAUAAAGCUGUCUUCAUGACAUUCCAAAGUUGGACCUAUGCCAAGAGUUUCAGUUGCUAGGAGCUGGACAUUUGUUUCAGAUGACAGUAGCAACUUGACUGCACUAGUUUCAUAUAUGGGUUGUGAGCCUACAUGUGUGACUGAACUAGGGGCCUCAGUUAUCCAUUGCACUAUCAGUUCAGCAUUUAGUUUUGUUUCAUUUUUUUAAAUGGGAUGCAGCUAUCAGUUGAACUUGAAACAUCUUCAACAAGUUUUGGGACAUUGUGGUUCUUAGACUACACUUUCUUUUCAAAUGAUCUCAAGCGUUUUGUUUGUUUCAUUCUUUUUUUUUUUUAUUUCACCCAAACACUUGUCUUCCUAAUUUUGUUCUCCCAUUAGAGCCAAACCAUGACGACCCUGAUCUGAUGGGCUGUUUAUUCAAUCCACAAAUGAUUUAACUCAUUACAAGACAGGCUUGUUGGGGUCAAUUUGAUAACGCAUUCAAGGAAAAAAUCUACCAUUAACAGUUCAGUCAUUUAUACUUUUUAAGGGAAUAAAAGUUGAAAGUCUAUUUCUUUGUUUUAACUGAAGUGCUGGUAGUGUAUUGAAUUGUGGGUAGGAUGUCUUCAAAAAGUACUUGAAAUACAGAAAAGCUCCAUGAUCAAAUUGAGAAAAUGCACACAUUUUAUGGCUUCAGUUUGCAUAAGAUUUACUUGACCCCCAUAGUCUCAGCUUAGAGCAUGAACUACUGGCACUUGUAAAAGUUGAAAACAUUUUUAGAUUUGUCAUUGCACUACCUGAACAUGUAGGGAUGUGUGUGUGAGCCAACUCAGGGCCAGUGUCAUGCAGUCCAAACACCAGCCCAAGUCCAACUGGUUUUAGCUUUUUAUUAUUUUUUAAAUUCUAUAUGUCUAAUGAUGCACUUGAUUUAAAAAAACAAAACAAAAAUAUAUACAUUUCUAUAUUUCAAAA